UUUUUGGCUCUGUUACUAAAAACUAGAAAUUGUUUAAACAUAGAGAGAGAAAAAUAGGCUCAAAAAUAUUCAAAUUUCUCUUUUUUUCUAUUUAUGUUGUAUAAGGGAUUUCAAGAUCCUAUAAAUGUCUUAGGGUUUUGCUGCAGCCAGAAGUGAUUCUUUAUAUAAAGGGAUUGCUAUAAGUAUUGUUUUUCUGUGUAAUGGUGACUAAGUGGGAAUCAAGACAGGUAAAGAUUCUGUCUUUAGCAUUUUCUGUUUGGUUUCAUCACUAUCUCUUGUUAUUUGCUCUGUCAGUAAAUUGUGUUUUCUUUUGAAAAAAACAAAAGACUCCAACUUUUCUUGAAUCUGAAGGUAUAGUGAUUCUGGAUGUUUGAGUUUUUUUUUAGCUUCUGAGAUGGUGAAAGGGAGAUAAAAAAGUUGGGUUUUUUUUAAUGUGUUUUUGAGAUGAUUUGUUCAUUUGGUGAAGUUGAGUCACAAAGAUGGGUUUCUAGGCAUACCCAUUUGAAAAGUUCUUGGAUUCAACAUAGAAAAGAUGGCGUCUUUACAUAUCCUCCUCCUCUGUUUCCCCCAUCUCCUCCUUCAUUUGGUGGAAGUUCUAGUUUUCAUAAGGAACCAAACUCAUCUUCUUCAUCCCCAUCUGGAAACAAGAUUAGUCCAGCUGUUCUUUUCAUUAUAGUUAUAUUAGCUGUCCUGUUUUUCAUAUCUGGUCUGCUCCAUUUGCUAGUUAGGUUUCUUAUCAAACACCCUUCUUCUUCAGCAUCAUCUCAGUCUAAUGGAUAUCCUGAAGUUUCUAGUUCAGAUGCUUUGCAAAGACAGUUACAACAGUUAUUCCAUUUACAUGAUUCUGGUUUGGAUCAAGCAUUUAUUGAUGCAUUGCCUGUCUUUUUGUACAAAGAGGUUGUUGGUCCUAAAGAGCCCUUUGAUUGUGCUGUUUGCUUGUGUGAAUUCUCUGAUAAGGACAAAUUGAGAUUGCUCCCUACUUGUAGCCAUGCUUUCCAUAUCAACUGCAUUGAUACUUGGCUCCUCUCGAACUCAACGUGCCCUCUUUGUCGAGCAACUCUUUUCAAUCCCGGGUUUCCCAUUGAAAAUCCAAUUUUCGAUUACGUUGAGCCAAGAGAUGAUGAUGGUUAUCAUGGUAAUGGGGAUCAUGAGUACCCCACUUCUCAAAAGACUAUGGAACUAGAGGAAGUUGCGGUUGCUAAAGCAACAUUUCCCGUGAGACUUGGUAAGUUUCAAAGAUUGAAUGAAGGGGGAGAGGGAGAGGGAGAGGAAGUAGAAGGAGUAGGAGAGAGCAGUAGUAGUAAUUUGGACGCAAGAAGGUGCUUUUCAAUGGGUUCAUAUCAGUAUGUGGUUGGUGAUGCUAAUCUUAAGGUAGCCUUGGACAAUGAGCGAAAGACGAAUAAUAUGAAUCAAGCCAAUUUGUCAGAGCACAGUCCUAAUCCGUCAAUUGAUGAAGAGAAUGAGGGGAAAAAGAUAGGUAUCGGCACAAAAACAGAUAGUUAUUCUGUUUCCAAAAUAUGGCUUUGGUCGAAAAGAGGCAAAUUUGCAAGUUCUUCAGAUUGCCAAAUGGAAGAUCAGCCUCCUUCUGGUAUGGACUUACCAUGGCUUAGAAGAACAGAAGGCAUGUAGUGAAUUCUGAUCUCUUAUUCUCUUUGUUUUAUCCUUUUUUGUUAAAUGAUAACACAGAGGUGAGUUUGCCUUUUGGCUAGUAUUCUUUUAGAUGCUAACUCAACAAAGCAUGCCAUACUUGAUAAAUGAUAAUCAGCUUGAUUCAAAAGUUUGUUCCACAACUGCUAUUUACUAUUAUUCUUAUGUUUCUUAAGUUCUGUAAAUGUAUAGUCAUCUCUUCAUUCAAUUGGUUCAUGAAUUCUUUAGUGAUUAACAUAUGAAGCCUAAUGAUCA